CACCCCAUCACGUUCUGACUCCUCUCCCCAAUGAUUCUGUCUUGGCAGAUGGAAGGAGCAGACGGGGCUGCUGUGCCCCCCAGCUUGGCUGAUCGCUCCCACCGAAGCAGCAUCUCCUCCACCUGUGCACGAUCACUGGAUGUUCUGGUAUAUCUGAUUGAUGACACUGCAGUGCGGUUGAAUGUGGAAAAUUUGACAUCUGUCACCGUUCAUGAGCUACAUCGUAUUGUCCGGGACGCACUGCAGUUCCCUGAAUGUGCCAUGGAAGUCUUCUCCCUAUGGCUCAUCUCUCCUUUGCUUGAGGUUCAGCUGAAGCCAAAGCACCAGCCAUACAAGGUGUGCCGGCAGUGGCAGGAGCUGCUCUUCCGUUUCACUGAUUGCCCAGAGGAUGAGAUCAUGCAGGAUGAGCCAUCCUUGCAGUUCAGAAGGAAUGUUUUUUUCCCGAAGAGGAGGGAGUUGCAGAUUGAAAACGAGGCUGUCCUGCGGCUGCUCUACGAAGAGGCCAAAUUCAAUAUUCUGGAGGGACGCUACCCGUGUGACGCGGAGGACUGUGAGCAGCUGGGGGCUCUGGUCUGCAGGCUGCAACUGGGUCCCUAUGACCAGGACCAGCACACGGCCUGUGCCUUGAAAGAGAAGCUGGAGUCUUUCCUACCUGCUCACCUGUGCCGGCGGGGGCACAGCCUGCUGGCAGCACUGCGGAAGCGGGGGGCCAAACAGCCAGCCUAUGAGCAGGGGCUGUUCCAGGCCUACCAAGCUGUGCGGGAAGAGGCAGCCUGCGGGGAGCCUGAGGCUCUGCUCCAGCACUACCGGGCCUAUCUGCAGAGGUGCCACCAGCUGCCAUACUAUGGCUGCGCUUUCUUCUAUGGGGAGAUUGACAAGCCAGCCCAGGGCUUCCUGCACCGGGGAGGGCGCAAGGCAGUGUCAGUCGCCAUCAGCCUGGAGGGGGUGUAUGUCAUUGACAGCAAAGAGAAGCACGUCUUGCUGGGCCUGCAGUUCCAGGAGCUCUCGUGGGACCACACGUACCCUGAUGAGGAGGAGGAGCACAUCCUCUGGCUGGAGUUUGAUGGGGAGAGUGAAGGGACCCUGGUGAACAAACUGCUGAAGAUUUACUCCAAGCAGGCAGAGCUGAUGAAUGGCCUUAUCGAGUACUGCAUCGAGCUGAACGCAGCAGCAGAGGCGUCGGUGCCAGAGAACAGCACCUCCCAGAGCCCCACGCUAACACCGCUGGCCAGCAGGCAGCGCCCCAAGCUGCGGCGACAGAACAGUGUGGUCAGCAGCCGCAUCCAGCACCUCACCACUAUAGACUACAUUGAGGAUGGCAAAGAGAUCAAGCGUGUGAAACCCAAGCGGACAGCCUCCUUCUUCUCUCGCCAGUUCUCACACAGCCCAACCGCCUACUCGGCUGUGCAGGCUCCAGCGGAGAGCCUGGAGCAGGGCUGAGUGCCGUCUUCACUGGUGCACAGGGAGCAACGGACCAAUCCAUAUGGGGCAUACCCUGUGGCCAGCACGGUGGCUCCUCUGGUCUAAGACAUGCGCCUCUCUAAGUUAUUCUGUGUUAAUUUAUACCAAUGGGAUCCCAGCUUGCUGCAUCUAAAGUCAUUGCCCUCCGGUCUAUUCCCUCUUCUGCAGCCAUUCCAUCCUGGGCCCUUAGGUGCCUGGGUUAUCUGGUUAUGUUGAGUGUUCUGUGCAACGGGGCACUGACAUCCCCUCCUGGGGAGUGGAAGCUUCCUGGUGUAGUUCUACUGUGUCUCUGUUGGCCCCACUGCUGAUUUCAGUUGGCACCGAUGUAAAUGAAGGGAGGAGCGGCCAUGCCAUCUUGCCAAGCCAGCAUCGCUCUGAGAUCAUCUUGCCUACCCCUCUGUGCUCCUAGGCCUAUGAGCGCUGUCCUAGUGGACAGUGCUCUGCAUUGUUUUUCUGUGCCGGAGUCUCUGCACUCGGUGAAGUGUCCUGCGGACGCAGGUUUCGCAGCGUGCAGGGCUGGAGCUACUUGGAGGAGUCAAGUCUCACGCAGGACAGAUGUGGAUGCAGGCGUUGGUUCAUUCUACAUCCCUUAGAAUGUUGGUGUGUCUUGGCUGUAUCCCCUGGUGGGCUGUUCCAUUUUCAGACCUGUGCGGGAUAGCGAUUCCAAUGGGUGGGGGAGUAGUGAUUCAACAUAACGCUGCCUGCAUUUCUGGAAGAACCGAUUGCAUAGCAGCUUUAAGGCCUUUCACACUUCAGCUGGUGAGGGCAUGUGAGUCUGAUUUCAAAGCUGACCUCACCUCUGGUCCACAAUUAAUUCAGUCCAGGACAGGUGGCAUGAAGUGUGCUGUGAAGCAAAGGGGGAAAGACUGCUUUGCUGCUGAAGCUUCAUUAAGAAACAAGUCUCCAGUCUGGCUUUGAUGUCUCACUGGCCCUAAAAAAUCCCAUCUUUGUUUUUGCUGCCUCUAAUUCCUGUCCCAAGUAUUCAGUCCGCUUUCCGGAGGGGUGCUGGGAUGUUUGGUUUGUACAUAUCGCUCUUUCUAUGGAUGGGAUGUCAGUGGUUCAGGAAAUGCUGAGUCCCCCACGUGAAUCCCAGCUCAGCUGUGGAGAAAACAUGCUUCGGUAUUAAUACAAGGGGUCAGUAAUUGACUGCAGCAGGUUUACUUGCUGGAUGUGCAGCUGUUGGAAGGAGCAAGUUCCUUGCCUUUCUGAAGCUGAUGGUUGGUGUAUUUCAAGUUGGGUAUGGUGACCUACACCAGGGGUCCAAACUGCUGUGCCUUAUCCAUCCAGGACAAAGAGUCUAUUUAGAACAACUUA